AUGCGGUACAUCUACUCCCAAGAGUCAUUGACCAUCCCGGAGGGCGUCAAGGUCCACAUCAAGACCCGCCAGGUCACCGUUGAGGGACCCCGAGGCAAGCUCACGAAGGACCUGGGUCACUUGGCCGUCGCUUUCUCGCACCCUGAGAAGAACAUCAUCAACAUCGAACUUCACCAUGGCUCACGCAAGAACGUCGCUACUCUCCGAACUGUCCGAUCCCUCAUCAACAACAUGAUCAUCGGUGUCACCAAGGGAUUUAAGUACAAGAUGCGAUACGUCUACGCCCAUUUCCCGAUCAACGUCAACUUGUCAAAGCAGGACGAUACCGGUCUUUACGAGGUCGAGAUCCGGAACUUCUUGGGCGAGAAGAUCGUCCGCAAGGUCAUCAUGCAAACUGGUGUCGAUGUCGAGGUCAGCAAGACCACCAAGGAUGAACUCCAGCUCUUCGGCAACUCCCUAGAGGCCGUCUCACAAUCCGCCGCCGACAUCCAGCAGAUCUGCCGAGUGCGAAACAAGGAUAUCCGAAAGUUCUUGGACGGUCUCUAUGUUAGCGAGCGUGGCAACAUCGUCGAGGAUGCAUGA